AUGACCACCAGCAGAUCCAAGCCUACCUUCGCGCUCAUCGACCGCCUCCCCGCCGAGCACCACGCCUCUGUCUUCCUCGGCCGCAUCGUCAGCGACAUCUUCCACCCCUUACACGAGUACUGCCCCGAAGACCCGCGCGCAGCCUUACAGCACACACCCAUCGAUGUGGCCGACACCUCCGUGUCCGCCAUCCUCACCGCAAGCCACUCGGCAGCGCUGCGGGCGAAACUCGAGGGGAUCUUCGGGCUGACGAAGAGUCAGAGCAGUAGCACUGGGAAGCAGAUCGCAGGAGAUAUGGUGAUAACGCGUAGCUUGCCGCAGCACCGGAAGUCGUUCGUCGCGGUGGUAGGCGCGCACCUUGACGAGAUAAUAAAAUUGCUGGAGAACAAUGGCGGGAAAGGGUAUAUGGUCGUGGGGUUGAAGACGUGCCGGGACGCGGAGAUCGGGACAUCACGUACUUCGAAACGGAAGUCUGACGUUGAGGUUUCGGUGCCGGCUGGUCAGAUAGCGAGUAUCGCGUCGCAUGGCGCUGUUGAUCCGGCGUUGGUGCCUAACCCGACGGUGGGGUGGUCUCGUGAAGUGAGCGCCGAUUGGCUGGGAAGGAAUACAGCUGAGGGAGAGCAGAUCUUUGCGCUGCAAUAUCGAGAGAUUGGCUUGAAGAAACAUUUCUUUUCCAGCAAGCCGUCAACGGCGAGGUAUAAAAUGUUGAAGAUGGUGGACUGGGGCGAGGGAGUGUAUGGUGAGAGUGAGGAGGGACGAGAGGUGGUGUAUGAAGAUGACGAGAGCGACGAGGAAGGGGAUCAGGACGAAGAUGCAGACGUGCUUCUAAAGCAGCUCGUGUCUGGUGCAAGGCCAGGAGGUGAGACGAGCGAGUUGUGGUUGACCGAGUGA